GUGAUAUACAAUAUAAAAAAAUUAAAAACAUUAAGAAAAUUUAAUUUAACUAAUAUAUAUGAAUUAACUACUAAAACAAAUAUAAUAUUUAAAAAAAAAAAACAUAUAUAUAAAGAAUACAAGUUACCUACAAAUAUAAAAAUACUUAAAAUUUUAUAUGAUGUUAAGGACAAGAAAUUAAAAUACUCUUUCAACAAAUUUUUAUUUGUAAACAUAUAUAAAUUCUUAAAAAUUUUAAAAUCCAGAUUAGAUUUUGUUUUAUUUAAUAAUAAUUUAUUUUCAACUAUAAAUCAAUCAAAACAAAAUAUAUCACAUAAACAUAUAUUUUUAAACAAUACAAUUGCAAGACAUCCAAGUUAUUGUGUUAAAAAUUUAGAUAUUAUACAUUUAUAUAAUAUAUCUUGCGAUCAAAUAAUAAAAAAACUUAUAUAUAAUCAUAUAAUUAGAAAUAUAACUAUAAAUAAAAUUUGUAGAAAAACAUGUAAACCUAUAUUAAUUAAACAAAUUAUUUUAAAAUUUGAUAUGAACAAUUUAAAUAAUACAAUGUGUAAUAAAAAUUUUAAAAUACAAAUAAAUAAAACUAAAACUAGUGACUAUUAUAUUAAACAUAAAAUUUAA